UUUCAAUUUUCUUGUUAUCCAAUACAGUUACAGCAGUGGGGGCCCUUAGAAUGCUCGCAAUGCCAAUUUGCAGAGCUAAGAUGUCUAAACUGAUCGGGCCGGACGAACAAGGGAUCCUGUUCGCUUGCAGUGGAUGCAUCCAAAGCGUCGGGACGCUCCUCUCACCAGUGAUCUUCAAUGCCCUUUACCCUUUGACCUUAAACGUGUCAUCUGGAUUCGUCUUCGUUGUCAUGGCAAUGACCUUCAUCAUCCCUAUCGUGAUGACAUUUGCUCUCCAGAUUGACGAUAGAAGAACUGCCAUUAGUUACAUAUCUGUGCAGAGCGAACCGGCCACCGAGUAAUAACCGACAGAAGAACUACCAUUAGUUACGUAUCCGUGCAGAGCGAACCGACCAUCGAGUAAUAACCGACAGAAGAACUACUAUUAGUUACGUAUCCGUGCAGAGCGAACCGACCACCGAGUAAUAACCGAGUAACCCCGAAGAGCAAACCGACUACCGAGUAACAGUGCAACGACUAACCGAUUAGUUACGUAUACGUGCAGAGCAAACAGACCACCGAGUAAUAACCGAGUAACCGUGCACCGACUAACCGAAGGCUGACCCACUGCUUUUACGAUCCGUCUACGUUUUGAAUUUUUAAAAUAUAAGAAGAAGCCUGCAGGGGGGGGGGGGGGAGAUCUUCGAUAAUAAAAAGUGCAAUCGACAUAAAUGUUUUAUUGGUCACUAUAGGUGUAUGUGGUAUUUGUUUUCCAAAUCACGAUAUUAAAAAGAAGAAGAAACAGAAUAGUAAAGUACUUAUACAAUCAAGAAUAUAGUAAAUGGCUGGAUAGCCCACUCACCUUUGCUAAUAUGACAAAACAGUUCUUCCUGGGGGUUCAGAACUCAAAUAGAAAUCUAACUUACAAUUAAACAAACAAAUUCUUCAUUGCUACAAACACAUGUAGAGGUAAAAUUGGCAAAAUAGGCAUAUCCCUUUACAAAUUAAAACAUAAUUGAGUUGUUUUAUUCAAAUUUCUGAAACGAAAAUUCCAGUUAUUAUUUUUACAAUUUAAUAUGUAAAGGCUAGUCAUUGUAUUGAAGUGGUAUCAAGACUAUACUCCGUAAUUCUAAAAUAGUUUGUGUGGAUAUACAAAAGAGGUCGGAAUUGCACUAGUUAUUUCAUUAUCGGUCUUUUCGAUCUUGAUUUAUGUAUAUUAUAAGCCUUUCAUAAUAGGCCUGUUCUGAUCAGCUCGAGUUUGCCAAAUGGCCCGCUAUUUCUGAAUCUGGAAAUUAGCCCGAUCGCGAAAUAGCGGGCUUUUUGGCAGGUGAAGACACAAAUAGCGGGCUGUUUUCCCGGGAAAUCUUCCCAAGGACUCUUUGGCUAGGUUGCAAAAUUGCCCGCUAUUAUUUUGUCCGGUGCGUUUUCACAAUAAACUUCUCGAGCUGAUGAAAACGCGAUUUGUAACUUCGGUCUAAUUUCCCGAUUCAGAAAUAGCUGACUAUUCCGCAAACUCGAGCUGAUGAAAACAGGCCUGAAGAGUUGUGUUAACUUUGAUGAUGAUACAUCAGGUAAAUAAUGAUCAUCGUUUCCAUUAUCAUACCCUUCUUUAUAAUAAUCAUCAUGAAUGUCUUAUAUGUGUAGCUGUCAUGUUUCACAACCUGUAUGGUGUUCAUGAGAAUGCAUUAUAUUCUACUGCUGUGCAUAAAGGAUGCAUUAUAUGCAUAUUAUGUUAACCAUCAAACGAAA